AUGUGUAAACGUUGCAUUCCGCCAAAAAUGCACACUUUUCUCUGAAUAAAUAAAUCCCAAUCCAUUACUAGUCAAAUACUACCGUCAAAACGGAGAUGCCUGCUUUAUUUCCGCCCAUGACCAAACUAUCUAGAGCAUAUACUCCUCAACUUUUCCUACCCAAUGCCACGAAAUGGAAGAUUAUUUCUGCUUUGACUGCCAACUCCGUCACAAGGCAAAUAUACAUUUGAAAAAAUUGCAUAUGUAAAGACUUUGCAGAAAGAGCAUGAGGACAUAAAUUGACUGAAUCCUCAGAUCACUAUGAUAGCUGCGGGAUUAACACGUAUGGAGGGCAAAUCCCGUUAUAGUGAUGUCAAGUUUGGAGUGGAAAUAUAUAUAUGAGUGUUUUGAAGGGUUUAA